AUGUCGGCCCUAAACGACGUUAACAGUCAGAUCGACCCUGGUUCUGACAACCUCUGGAACAAGAACUCAGCUACCUCGAAUACAACCGAUGCCAAGCUCAAUUCUUCGGCACAGAAUGUACAAGAGCAAGCUGCUGGCCUCGCUGAUGCUGUCAAGACAAAUGCUGCCAAUGCCUACAAUUCGGUGCAAAACUCUCAGUUCGCUCAAGAUAUUGCCAAUGGUCCUGCCGCACAAACCGUCAAGGAGCAAGCAGCUGUGACUGGCAACGAGUUCUCCGACCUCGCAAACUCUCGAAAGAUGCCAAACUACAAGGCUGCAAAUGACACUCCAUUGACCCGAGCAACCGGCAUUACCUUUGCCAGUUUGAUCAUCUUCAUUUUCUCCACUCGGUAUCUACCACUUGCUCGUCUGUUCCUAAAGGGCACAUGGACUAUUCUUGGAAUUGUCACGCUCAUCGAAGCUGCUGCGCAGUUCACUAUCGGAUCAAGCGUCGCGAACUCGGUUCGUCCCCGGAAAUACUACAAAAUUCCUAAAGAGAACCUCGAGGCUACACUUGAUGAUGUUGAACAACUGAUCAACUUCUUCGUGAUCGAAGGCCAGCGAAUAAUAUUCGCCGAGAACAUCCCAAAUACUGCCAUUGCCUUCCUUGCCUCAUUCCUGAGCUACUACCUGAUCAAGCUUCUCCCAGCAUGGGGCUUCGCUCUUUUCUCAAGCUGCAUCGUCUUCCUCGUCCCGCUCGUCUACACCUCGAACAAGGAGUUGAUUGACUCGCAGCUUCAGCACGCAAAUGAAGUCGUGACUGCACAGACCCAACAACUCCGAGAUAUUACCGCCGAUCGCACAAGCAAGGCAGCUGAGAGCGUGAAGAGCUACACCAAUGAGUAUGCUGGUUUAGCAUCAGAAUACAUUGGCAAGAGCAGACAGAAGAUCUCUAUGCCAGCUACCAAUGGUGCUUCAAGCAAUUCUGCUUCUAGCACCUCCAAUACCAGCUUCGCCACUAAGGAAGCAGAUUUUCCCAAAGCCCCAAGCACGGAUUUCCCUUCUUCAGCUGAGCAUACUCGGCCAAUUGUGAAGGCGCCCGGUGAUGGUGAGCCAGUUGCUGCAUCCGCUUAUGCCAUCUAA